AUGAGGUUUGGCAAGAAAGGAAAGUUGAGCCCUCGAUAUAUAGGACCCUUCGAGAUCUUCGAAAGAGUUGGAACAGUGGCAUAUCGUUUAGCAUUACAGCCAGACCUUUCGAAUAUUCACCCCGUGUUUCAUGUGUCAAUGUUUAAGAAGUACAACCCGGAUUUGUCACAUGUAAUACAACAUGAAACCAUUCAGUUGAACGAUGAUCUGACCUAUGAGGAGCAACCGGUAGCUAUCCUUGAUCGGCAAGUCAAGAAGCUCCGUUCAAAAGAUUUAGCCUUGGUAAAGGUGUUAUGGCAAAAUCAGACUAGCGAGGAGGUGACAUGGGAAGCCGAGGAGGAUAUGCUAAUAAAGUAUCCCCAUCUCUUUGAUACUUAG